AGACAGACAGCUUUGCCCCACGACAAACCUCUCCCCCAUCAACCACCUCCUCCACCACCAAUCAUGGCUAGCGGAAAAACUCUGGGCUUCAUCUCGAAGAUGGCCGUUCCGGCCGCCAUCGGCUUUUCGCUUCUCCAGGCUUCGCUCUACGACGUCAAGGGAGGCAACCGGGCCGUCAUUUUCGACCGUUUGAGUGGUGUGAAAGAGACUGUCAUCAACGAGGGUACCCAUCUCCUCGUCCCAUGGUUGCAGAAGGCCAUCAUCUACGAUGUCCGCACGAAACCCCGGAACAUCUCGACCACCACUGGCUCCAAAGAUCUCCAGAUGGUUUCCUUGACCCUCCGUGUCCUCCACCGUCCCGACGUCCAGGCCCUCCCCAAGAUCUACCAGAACCUCGGCCAAGACUACGACGAGCGUGUCCUCCCCUCCAUCGGCAAUGAAGUUCUCAAGGCGAUCGUCGCGCAAUUCGACGCGGCCGAGCUGAUCACACAGCGUGAGCAAGUAUCGAACCGCAUCCGCAGCGAACUCCUCAAGCGCGCCAAGGAAUUCAACAUUGCAUUGGAGGACGUCUCGAUCACACACAUGACGUUCGGGCGCGAAUUCACCCGUGCCGUCGAGCAGAAGCAGAUCGCGCAGCAGGACGCCGAGCGUGCCAGGUUCAUCGUCGAGCGCGCCGAGCAGGAGCGUCAGGCGAACGUCAUCCGCGCUGAGGGUGAGGCCGAGUCCGCCGAGACUAUCUCUAGGGCUGUCGACAAGGCCGGUGACGGGCUGAUCCAGAUCCGAAGGAUCGAGGCCGCGAGGGAGAUCGCGCAGACGCUGGGCGCAAACCCUAACGUCGUCUAUCUUCCCGGUGGCGGAAGGGAUGGCCAGAACGGUGCUAGCAUGCUGUUAGGCCUGCGGUAAAUGCUUCGUUGACGUAAUGCCUGGAGAGAAAUAUCCCAUGCGAGGAUAAUGUAAAAAAGGAUUGAUGUGUGCACGAGAGAGAAUGGCUGCAUAUAUGUGGUCGCGGAUCGUGGAUGGAUGAGCUCUCAUCUUGAAUUCAUUUGUACUUUUACCAAAAGCUAAAUAACCGCCAGACAUCAAUGAUCCA